AUGGACAUCCCUUUACCCCCAGAGAUACAAAGAGUUCACUACCCACAAUCUGAACAUCCAAAAUCGAGCCUUGGGGAAGUGGCCGGUCUUUCAUACGUUAUCUGGAUCAUUGGCAUCAUCUGUACGAUUGGCAUAAUUCUCCUACUCGUCAAGUGUUACAUGAAGCGUCGAGCUCCGCGUUCAACCGCACCUCCUCGAGGAGACCAACGCGAUGUUGAACUUGGAAACAUCAACGACCGUCGUGAGAAUACCACCAAGAGAUCGACAGUUCAUGGUCGACCUCACGUAUCACCGCCUCCGUAUUGUCGUCAUGCUGAUACACAUAUGACGCACUAUGCUGCUAUCCCCCAAUGA